AUGGACGUUACUGACACAUCAAAUUCUUCAACUAACAAGUUCGUUCCCGAAUAUAGAAGAACAAACUUCAAAAACAAGGAAAGAUUCUCUGCGGAUGAGUUGCGUCGUCGUAGAGAUACUCAGCAGGUUGAGCUGAGAAAAGCAAAGAGGGAUGAAGCUUUAGCCAAGAGGAGAAAUUUUAUUCCACCUGCAGAUGGAGCAGAUUCCGAAGAUGAGGAGGAUAACUCAGCUUCAGCAGACCAACAAUUUUAUACUCAGUUACAGGUUGAAUUACCACAAAUGAUUCAACAAAUUCAAUCUCCUGAUAUGCAAGAGCAGCUUGCGGCAACUGUGAAAUUCAGACAAAUCUUAUCGAGAGAACAUCGUCCUCCAAUAGAUAUGGUAAUUCAAUCUGGUGUUGUACCAGCAUUGGUAAAUUUCAUGAAUGAAAAUCAACCAGAAAUGUUACAAUUAGAGGCUGCCUGGGCUUUGACAAAUAUUGCCUCGGGUACAUCUGCACAAACUAAAGUUGUUGUUGAUGCAGGAGCUGUACCAUUGUUCAUUCAAUUGUUAUAUACAGGAUCUGUGGAAGUUCAAGAACAGGCGAUAUGGGCUUUAGGUAAUGUUGCGGGUGAUUCAACGGAUUACAGGGACCAUGUUUUACAAUGUGGCGCAAUGGAGCCAAUUUUGGGUCUUUUCAAUACAAAUAAAACCUCCUUGAUUAGAACUGCAAUUUGGACCUUAUCCAAUUUAUGUAGGGGGAAAAAACCGCAGCCAGAUUGGGCCACAGUUUCUAAAUCUCUACCCACAUUAGCUAAAUUGAUUUAUUCCUUGGAUACAGAAACACUAAUAGAUGCAUGUUGGGCUAUUUCAUACCUUUCCGAUGGUCCACCAGAAGCAAUUCAAGCUGUUAUCGACGUUAGAAUUCCAAAGAGAUUAGUCGAAUUAUUAAAUCACCAGUCAACUUUAGUGCAAACGCCAGCUCUGAGAGCUGUUGGUAACAUUGUUACUGGUAAUGACUUACAAACACAAGUUGUCAUUAAUACAGGUGUCUUACCAGCUUUAAGAAACUUGUUGACCUCGCCAAAAGAAUCAAUCAGAAAAGAAGCUUGUUGGACGAUAUCAAAUAUUACAGCAGGUAACACUGAACAAAUUCAAGCUGUUAUGGACUCAAACUUAUUACCACCUUUGGUGAAGUUAUUAGAGACCGCUGAUUACAAGACAAAGAAAGAAGCUUGUUGGGCCAUUUCAAACGCGUCUUCUGGUGGUUUACAGAGACCUGAAAUAAUUAGAUAUUUGGUGUCGCAAGGUUGCAUAAAACCAUUAUGUGACUUGUUAGAAAUUGCCGAUAACAGAAUAAUUGAAGUCACUCUUGAUGCUUUAGAAAACAUUUUGAAGAUGGGUGAAGCUGAUAAGGAGGCUCGUGGCUUGAAUAUUAAUGAGAAUGCCGAUUAUAUCGAAAAAGCUGGUGGUAUGGAGAAAAUUUUCAACUGCCAGCAGAAUGAAAAUGAUAAAAUUUAUGAAAAAGCUUACAAGAUCAUUGAAAACUACUUUGGCGAAGAUGAUGAUGCGAUUGAUGAAAGCAUGGCUCCACAAACAGCGGGAAAUACUUUCGGGUUUGGCUCCAAUGUUAAUCAACAAUUCAAUUUUAAUUAA